AUGAACACAGGUCUGUCAAAGGAUUCUUCAGCACUCAAUUGCAAGGAUCUCAAAACAAAGGUGCCUUCUGCCACGUCAGGCGUCUACUGGAUUGACCCCGAUGCUGGUUCCCAUAGCAACGCUUUCCAAGCCUAUUGCGACCAACAAACGGAAGGAGGAGGUUGGACUUUGGCCUGGAGUUAUACCUUCACAGCUUAUUCAGGCUUUACGUCUAAUGCAAACGCUGUCACUCCACGGCCUACAUGGAGAGCCAAUGCUAACACAAGAGUGUCCACCACAGUUCCACUGAGCGAAACGCAUUAUGAAGCCAUGAACUUUGCCUUGUGGCGAACCAUUGGAAGAGAAUUCCUCAUCAAGAGUAACAUCAACAACUGGAUUGCUUGCAAGGAAGGCUCUGGAAGCCUCGUGAAGCAGAAAUCGGGGUCCCUCAGCUGUAAACUGGUCAAACAAGUUUCAAAGCAGUGUGCCGGUGUAGUGCCAAAGUCCAUCACGAUGCACAGUCCGGGUCCUUAUCUUUCCAGCAGUAGCCUCUACUACUUUUUCGACGGUAGUACGAGUGGAGGUGUGCCCACGCACGAUCCAUGUGGCAGAAAUCAAGCGAAUCAAGUAAAUGGUGUGGUUAAUCCACAUGGCAAUAUUUUUGUACGCUGAAAAAUUUCUCAAACGCAUGCUGAAUAUUGGGAAGGAACCAAGAUAAAGUCAUCAAAUGCUAACAAGGUCUCUAGGGGACUGUAAACAAAAUUAGUAGCAAAACGUUAAACUUAACAUACAACUGAAAACUACACUACUGUUGUGUGGCAACAGAAAGCAGCGGGACAUUGUAAAUGAAUAUCCAGUAAAUGUGGGUUCCUUAUAUUGCAAAAGUUUCUCAUUUAUUGUUCAGCAUUAAAUAAAGUUUAGUUAACUAUCGUCACCCAGUUAAAUCAUCUACUAUUCCCACCGUCAAAGAGUAAAACAAAGUUAAAUUAUUUCCCUGGACCGAAUUUUUCUCGUUUUACGUUUUUUGCGUUAGUUUAGUGAGAGCGACAACACGAAACACGCUGAAUAGACUCAACUCUUUCAUAAGAGACACCUAUUUAAGACGGACACCUGGUUUUCGUCCCUGCCGUUUUCAAGUCAUUUUACUGUAACUAUACCCCUCACUAAAAAAAAGAAGGAGACGGACACCUCUCUAAGACGAACACAAGUCACUUCUAAAACCGUCAAAGGACACUUGAGAAGUAGUUUAUGCCGUGAAAAAUUCCGUACGUCCAUGCGGAAAAGUAGGUGCUCAACAUGACAUUAAACUACAAUAAUGGGGAAGCAAUUUACAUAACCAAACUGACCAAACUCUGUACGGGACUCCUGCUUGUAUAUUAAAACUAUUCUUGUCCUUUCUAAACGUCACUUGGAGAGAAAAGAAAAACACUGUCCUGUUAACCUGUAAAAACGUUAUCUUCUCGUUUUCGCUGAACUUUAGAGUUUAGCCUUUCAAGAGGAGAACUUCAAUGUUUCCACCAAAAACAAACCAUUACUGACUUACAAUACCAUGCAAUACAGUAACUGUAUUACAGUUUAUUUUGUACUCAAAAUAUAUAUAUAGUAUAUCAUUUUAAGGGCCAAUAUAUUUUUCGCCUAAAAUUGAAACAUCAAUUAGCAACAAAAGAAUGAAUUCGGUUCAAUCAUUUCUUAAAAUGACUCCAGUGUGGUUACACGCGCAUUGAACUAUGACGAAACAAAUUGAAACCGUUACCUAGGGGGUCAUACGGUUUACGGUUCCUAUACACGAAAACUUCCGGAGAACUUGGCAAUAAUAUGGAAUUAUUCGAUUUUCACUUGCGAAAUUGGCGCUUAAGUCAUGAGCUAGAGAGACUCUAGAAGGAAAUCGCGCAUAGUGAAACAUUUUUUCGAAUAUUUCUCGCUGAAAUUUCUGGUAUCAUCUUUUAUUGAUAUAAUUGGUAAGUCAAAUUUUUAGAGAAAUCUUUAGAGCAGAAUUCCGUAAUUAGAGCUGUUCGAUGAUUUCGACAACGAAUUGCUCUGAGGCAGAACAAAGCGUCACUUCACUGAAUUUUUGGCACAAGUAUUUUCAAGACAAGCUAUAUUCUGAAAACCAAGCCGAUCGGCAAUCGUGCUAUUCUUUAAAAAGUCACUCCAUAAAUUAUUCCAACCUCGCUGUGAAGAUAAUUUGAUUUAUUCUUCAAUAUUUUUUAAAUAUCUUUCAGCACUUUUGGCUCAAACUCCUGCUAUAUGGAGCCUUUUGUGUAAAUAGAAAAUAUUUCACAAAGAAAAAAUCCAUAAACCGAUGUAAGCUUAUUAUUUCUAUCCACCUAUCGGCCUGACAUUCCUUUAAUGUUCUGCAACUAGGGAGAAAAAUCGCCAACCCAGUUCCUUUUGCCUGAGUGGGGACUAGGGUAGGGAAUAUUGAUUAAUCACAGAGGUUAAAAAUAAAAUGCCGCAAGUAAAAAAUCUUGUUACCGUAAUGUGGCAUAUUUUAUACAACUAUUGUCUGACCUCGUAUAAACCCACGCUGCUCAUAUCGGUUUAAUCGUAAGGCAAAUUUAUUUCAAUAUUCAGUGGACAAACACUGUACGAUGUUUCGUUUUACGUUGGGUAUUUUUAUCGCCAGCCUCUGUUUUUCCGCAACAAGGUAACAAUUUUUCGUAUUUCUAUUUGUUUAUGCUAAACAUAUAAUGAGUAUAAAUGUAAAACCUCUCAAUUUUAUGGUGAGAGGUUGCCUUUUAUUUGCUUUCCGCGGCAUUUAGCGUGUUGCCACUACUUAUUUCCGUUAAACAAAUUUGAGAAAAUUUAUAGUUUUGUUGUUGUUUCGUUUCACACGCCGCUUAAACCCUUUUCUUUGUCACUUUACUGUAAAAUUACUAAAUACUGUACACCCAACUUUAAAUAGGAAAAAAUUUUACAUGAACAACGAGGCUCAAAUUUCCACCGCAAAAAUCGAGAGCAUUGUAAGUACUUCGGGAUGCAGGUGUAAUAAUAUUAUUAAUUGACAAGCAAAAUACAUCAGUUUAUGGUUCAACGCACUGCAGGUUUUUAUUGAGUGAAAACAACGAUGAAACAGAUCAUAAAAUUAUACUUACAAGUCUGUAUGUAUCUGCGGUAAAAUAUUUCAAAUUUAUGUUUCUAGAAUUUUCAAAAGCAAAGUUAAAAUAUCUCUAUUCCCCACCCGAUGCUAAAAAAGAACGAAAGAACAAUUCAUGUUCAGUUUGUGCAAAAAAUCUUUAAAACCGGAUCAACCUCUUUUAAAAUCGACUCGUUCUUAUAUUUAUUUUUUUAAAUUUGAUUAUCGCUGGUUGAUCGAAAUAGAUGAGUUUUGAACUUCCGUGGAAAAACUAUGAUCAUUCUUCUUCCUUCGAAAACUUUUGCUAAAAACUUGCAAAGUGCAAACCGAUUUCUCGAGCCUCAAGUAUUCCUUUUUGUUGUAGAGGACAACAAAAGUUUUCAGGCUUAGUCACAUAUCUACAGCGUUCGUUUUGUAGGAUAUUAAGUUUCCAACCAAAUGUUUGAUUCCGUACAAAUUCUUGCAAACAAUGAAUAUGCGCGAUCAGCUAGGAGAAAGCUAAUCACAUGUAAUCUAUGUAACUUCUUAAACUUGAUUUGCACGCAGGGCCCUGGAUAAGAAAAUUCGAUACAAAGUUCUUGAGAUGGACCCAAAAGGAAAUCUUUACCUUCACAAGUCUGCGUUUCUCUGCAAACAUGAAAUUGUUAAACAACUUGUAAAUGACAAAUACCAGCUGGUAGAAUCGAACCUGAUAGGUGAGUCGCGGUGGUUUGCUUUAAUUAAUGUGCCGUGAUGUAACGACUCAAGAUUCUUAUUCAAUUACAUCUGUCAUACAUCUGUCACUCCCACGAUAUAAGAAAAGCUUGUAAAUUCGUGAAUUAGACGAAUGAGAUACCUUCCUUGAACUGCUAAGAAUGUUAAAAAGGCGAGAAACACUGACAGUGCCACCCAAAAUGUUUUCCUUAGUUUUCUUUGCUCAUGGAGAUACGACGUAAAUUCAAUUCGUAAGCGGAAAGUUAUUUUGUCCAUUGACUCUUUUUUUUCAGCGGUAACUGUUGCUACUGGUAGUCCUUUCAGAAAAAAAUCAUAUUUUCAAAUGGUCGUUUUCGUUAUAAACGCAGGUCUGUCCAUGGAUUCUCCAGCACAGAAUUGUAAGGACCUUCAAAUGAAAGUGCCUUCUGCCACGUCAGGGGUUUACUGGAUUGACCCCGAUGGUGGUUCCCAUGGCAACGCUUUUCAGGCCUAUUGCGACCAACAGACGGACGAAGGAGGCUGGACUUUGGUCUGGAGUUACACCUUCACAGCCUAUUCAAGCUUCACGUCCGAUGCAAACGCUGUCACUCCACGACCUGAAUGGACAGUCCGCAAUUCUAACACAAGAGUGUCCACCACAGUUCCCCUGAGCGAGACGCAUUAUGAAGCCAUGAGCUUUGCUUUGUGGCGAACCAUUGGAAAAGAAUUCCUUAUCAAGAGUAACAUCAACAACUGGGUCGCUUGCAAGGAAGGUUCGGGAAGCCUCGUGAUGCAGAAAGCGGGGUCCCUCAGCUGCAAACUGGUCAAACAAGUUUCAAAGCAGUGCGCAGGUGUUGUGCCAAAGUCCAUCGCCAGGAACACAUAUGGUCCGUAUCUCUCCAGCAGUAGCCUCUACUAUUAUUUCGACGGUAGUACGGGUGCAAAUGCACCCACACAUGAUCCAUGUGGCAGAAAUCAAGGGAAUCAAGUAAAAGGCGUGGUCAAUCCACAUGGCAAUAUUUUUGUAAGGUGA